AAUAUGGAUGUAACAAUGAAAAAAGAUGACCUUGUGAGGAUUACUACAUUUACACCACCAUUGUAUAAGCAACGUUAUGCUUUUAUUAAGCAGUUGGUGGAUAAGCAUAAACCUAAAAAGGUGGCAGAUUUGGGAUGUGCUGGUUGUAACCUACUGUGGAUGCUGAAAUUCUGCAACUGUAUUGAAGAACUUGUUGGGCUAGAUAUCAGUGAAGAGGUGAUGAAAGAAAACAUGUAUAGGCUGUCUCCCCUUCCUGGUGACUAUCUUCAGCCAAGUGAAAAACAGCUGACAGUCACUCUCCUUCAGGGUUCGGUUGCUCACAAAGAUCCUUGUAUGCUGGGCUUUGAUAUGGUAACCUGCAUUGAACUAAUAGAACACCUAGAGGCAAAAGAGCUUGAGAAAUUUCCAGAAGUAGUGUUUGGUUUCAUGUCUCCAGCCAUGAUCAUAAUUAGCACACCAAACUCAGAAUUCAAUUAUUUACUUCCAACUGUAUCAUUAUUUAGACAUCCAGAUCAUAAAUUUGAAUGGAAUCGAACACAAUUUCAGAACUGGGCUGUAGAUGUUGCUACUCGUUAUGAUUACACAGUAGAGUUUACUGGAGUAGGAGCACCACCUCAUGGGAAGGAUGUUGGAUUUUGUACUCAAAUUGGAGUGUUUGUAAGAAAAAAACUAAGAAAUGUCAAGCCUGCGAGAUUUGAAGAAUAUCAGAGAAGAGUUUAUAAAACUGUUUUCAAAGUCAUAUAUCCAAGCCUUAAAGAUGAAAAGUAUUUGCAGAAUGCAGUACUCAAUGAAGUUUUUCGAGCAGCAGAGAUAAUUGCAAGGAAACAACUGGACUAUAGAAAAUCUGAAUGUAAAAAGCACGGCAGCAGUCUUAUUGGAACAGAGUCCCAAUUUCAGCCAUCUAGUUUCCAGAUGUAUAUGGAUGAUUUUCCUUUCUCUGAAGCCGAUAGUGAAAUUAUGCAGCCAACGGCCGGGGGAAAUAUUAUCUAUGUACCUCUUGCAAAAAUCUUUUCUUUUUCCAAAGUGAAUCAACUUUGUGGAACCUUUGAAAAACUCAGUAAGCUCAUAACUGGCAAAAUUACACUAAGCCACGAUGGUUCUGCAGUGAUGAUUGAGAUGGAAUGUGAAGAUGAACAGCAGAAUGAUGAUAAUAAUUAAAAAAAGAAAUGUUCCUUUCACGGAGUAGUCUAAUAGUUGAAAUACUGGUAAUUGCUG